AUGACAGGCAGCAUCAGCGACUGGGAUUUGUAUCUUCGCAGGUGCUACCACAACCUCGUACCUGGUGGGUGGGUCGAACUGCAGGAGAUUGCUGUAUACUGCGAGUCGGAUGACGGGACGCUGACCCCAGACCACGCGAUUUCCAAAUGGAGCAAGCUGCUGCACGAGGCAACAAUCAAGCUUGGGCGUCCUUACAUUGACCCCGAAGGCCUUCCAGAGAAGGUGCAAGCUGCCGGAUUCGUUGACGUUGCUAUCACUGCGUUCAAGUGGCCGCUCAACGACUGGGCUAAAGACCCCAAGUAUAAGCAACUUGGCAGACUCCAGCUAGAAAAUGGUUCAGCUGGCAUCGAGGGUUUCACCAUGGCAGCGUUUACCAGGGCUUUCGAGUGGACUGCCGAGGAGGUCAACGUGUUCCUCAUUGACGUGCGAAAGGACGUCAACAACCGGCAAAUUCACGGUUACCUUCCAACGUAG